GUGUAGAAGAAUUAAAUAACGACCUUACGUCUACCAAAAUAAUGGAUGCCGCAACCGAACCCUUGAAAGAAAAAAGAUUUGCUUCAGUAGAUGAAGUAGAAACGUUAAGAGAACACAAUUCUACUAAAACUUCCAUGCAGCACAGACCCGAAUCCCUUAAACUUAUGGCCAUGCGUGAACAAGGAGGUGGUAGCACUUCCGACAUUUCUCGUAAAACAUCGAAUAAAACAAAAGGCUCAGAGUCUGCUAAGACGUUGGAUACCCGACCGCCCGUCAUCGCACUUCACCCACCUGCAGGAAUCAGACGUUCUAAAAGACGCCCCCACAGCCAAAAGCAUCAAAGCAGCGUCAGAAAAAACCAAAAAACAAAUAAACCAACAAAACGUGGAGCUGAUUUUACGAGGCUAACAUGUUCUUAUUGUGGGGCUCGCCUUGAAUCUUUUGAUGAGGAGACACUCUCACUUUGUUGCGUAGCUUUGUGUACGUUCCUGCAAAGAGUGCCUAGUUUAGCUGCUCCAUUGCUACAGAGAACUCUUCUCUGCACAGCCCGUUUCAUAGACAUCCCACAAUUUCCUUGGCACGAAUCCAAUAUUUUCGUCCCAGGAAAUGCCAAAAGUGCUGCCAAACAAUUAAUUCGUAUUAUUUUGCACCAAUUAUCUGGAAGUGGAAUAGCUCUACAACUAUUUAAUUUACACAUUCAAGCAGACGAAUUAUACUCUUUUUGGAGUAAAAUAGCUCUUUCGCUUGUUGAUUUUACCGAAUUAAAUCCUGUUGCUUUUUUACAAAAUUUAUUGGAGGAUAUAGCAGAUGGCUGGCCAAUUAAAGUAACCAGAAUUCUGCACAAUUUAGCAACUUAUAUCCAAUAUGUACCUACUGAAGCGCUUUCUAAUUGGGCAGCGGUAGUGGCUUUAAUUGACGGCCUUUAUAGGCGAAUGCAUACACAACUUGUAAGUGAAGCUACUUCCAAUUUAGCUGCAGUCUCGAAUGCAGCACAGUCUGUCCAAAACCAAUUUAUUAAUAAUCAACAGAAGCAGUUCAGGUCUGAACUGGCUAUACUAAUUAUGAGUCGAGUUCUUCGUGUACAAGGCCUCGCAACGAUCAAAGGUGCUGUACAGGCAAUUGAAGCCUUUGCUAAGUGGCUCGUAGAAAUGCUGCAUAAAUGUCCUGUCGAGUUGUGUGAUUUAUUGGCUGUAUGCACUGCCUGCAAUCGGGGCAUGAUCCGCGAACGUGAUAAACAAAUCCUUACACGCUCCGUUGUUGCUGAACUUCUUUCAGCUUUAAAAUUUAAAUGUGAAUUGGCAGAAGAAAAUUACUUGACUAUUGUGCGAAUGGUUUUGCAAGACUUUGGAGAGCCUUUAGGCGAUGACUGGAUUUAUACACCAAAUUCUGGCGGUGAAAAUGAGGAAGUAAAUGAAAACCAAAAUAAUCGGAAAUUUUCUUCAUUUUCCUAUUGGAAAAAUAAUUCUCAGCAACAACAAACAGACCAAUUUAAUACUGGAGCAGCUGAAGCUAUAAGGCCACAUGUACCCGAAUUGUUAGAAUUUAUUUCUGAUAUGCAUGUAUUGGCUAAAUUGAAGAAGCAAUCCGCUAGCAACAGCGACAGAGUUGGAGGAGAUUUAAAAGCUGGACUAGCAGAAGUUGUUGCGCUUGAAAUGAGUCGACCAUCUGUUCGGGAUUCUCGAACCGUUAUGCGAUUCAUUCCUUGGCUUUAUUCCCCUCCAUCACUUGCCCAAGCCCUUCCAGGCCAAUUUUCAGAAUCUGUAGCUAACGUUCGCGUUCUCGCCUGGAUUCUACUUGGUUCUCUUCAUGCUAGAGGAGUAAAUGGAUUUUCUUCGAAUUUCCAACAAUUUCAACAGCAACAACAAACAAAUAUUAACCAAAAUAUUUGUCUACCUGUACCUAUUGCUUGUUCUAGUCAAAUGGCGGAUUAUAUUAAUUUUGUGUUAGCAGGGUUUGCUGAUCAGUCUAAGCAAUCAGUUGUUCAUAUGUCUGCCCUCUUUCAUGCCUUCCAUUUAUGCCAGUUAUGGACUAUUUAUUGCGAACAAACAGCUACUUCGAGUCGUUCAGAAGAGAUGGUAGCUAAAACCAUGCAGCAACUUUUAGACUUUUGGGCGCGUGUUACUCCAGCAAUCUUACAAUUACUGUCACAUUCUAAAGUGUUGGCUGAUAUGGUCAAUCUCCAUUUUGUAAACACCCUCCAAGCCCUACAACAAUUUAAUUCUGCUGUACUCUGUCAACUUUACCCAAUGUGGGAGCCCGUUUUAACGGUACAACAUGCACACGUUCCGCGCAAGUUGCGACUUAAAUUUGAAUCUGUUGAGGCUCAGGCAUGUUUCUUCUUCGAAAACUUUAAGAAAAAAUUUUUUUUAUUUUAG